UUGCAGCGAGCAGUCCACCUCGGGCUCAUCCUCACCCUCUGCCAGGGCCAUGGCUCAGCCCCUGGGUCUGAGCCUCCUUGUCUUGGUUCUGGCCCUCUGCAACCCUGGCACCCAAGGCAGCGACGGAGGGGCUCAGGACUGCUGCCUCAAGUACAGCCGGAAAAACAUUCCCGCACACAUCGUCCGAAGCUACCGGAAGCAGGAGCCAAGCUUGGGAUGCCCCAUUGCUGCCAUCCUGUUUGCACCCCGUAAGCGCUCUCAGCCUGAGCUGUGUGCGGACCCUAACAUGGAGUGGGUGCAGCAGCUCAUGCACCGUCUGGACAAGCCACCAAGCCCACGGAAAGGCCCUCCCGGCUGUGGGAAGGACAAGGGAGGCAAGUCUGGCAGGAAGAGAAAAGCUUCCAAAUCCUGCAAGAGGACUGAGCAGCCCCAGAGCCCCAAAGGGCCAAAGCCUGAAGCCCAGGAAGCCCCCAAAACCUUGCCAGGGCUUGGAGGCCCAAGGGGCCAGAAGGGGAAUAGGUGAGAGGGAGGACUGAGCAGUCCCCGGCAGCCAUGCCCUGCUAGCCCGGCCACACCCCUUCUCCUGCUUCGACCACCCCAGCUGUGCCCCCAGUCCCCUCCCGCAUGGCUCAGCUGCCCAGACAGGACAGGACCGGGAGGCAGCCCGGCAGAGGAUUGAGGAAUCCCCUGGUGAAUAUGGGAGGAGGCAGCAGGACUGUCUCUCAAGAGAAGCCACCGAGGACCCUGGACCUGAGCCUGCUCCCCACUGCACCUUGUCUCUUCCUUGUAAACAUGAUGUCUACUAAACUGAAUUAAAAAAUGACUUCUGCCUCCCGCUCAA